GCCGAGGCGCCGCCGACUUCGCCUUUCUCGUCCUCUGGCCUCCCUAACCCAACACAGACAGAGAGAUACACAGAUUCGUUGGGUCCUUAUGGCGAAAGGGGAUGAUAUAGUGAGGAGAAAGAAGAACAAAGCAAACAGAAAGAAGCAGAACAGGCAAAAAGACUCUUCCGCUGUAUCUGCUCGAGUUGCUUCCAUGAUCGCCGCCAAGAAGCGCCGCAAGGCCGGUACUCGCCGCAUGUGCCAGGGAAUGUGUUUUAGCCUUCCUACUCCUGAUGACCCCUUUAAUGAUUUUCAUGGUAAGAAUAACGUCAAAAGAAGCGAAAUCAAGAAAAGUAUGCCUUCAAAAGUGAAUCAGAAGGUCUUAAUGAAGGAGAAGAAUGCUUUUCUGAAGAAAGGGUCAGUCCCAGGUGGUAACAUGAAAGUAGAUUCUUUGGAGAAAAUGAUAAGUGAGAAAGUAGUGAACUCAAAUGAAGAUCAUGAAAAACUGAUAGCAUCUAUUCAUAAUGUGGGGCAGACAGGGCAUGCCAAGUCACAAAUAUCUGAGAUUCAGCCAGAUAGAAAGGUUGGCACCCAAUCUCAUGAAGAACAAACCUUUGAAAGUUCAUAUUGUCCAUCGAAGUAUCUUAUGAUGUGCUUGAAAGAAAUAGAGAAUGCAUUGUGCCAUGAUGGUACCUACAAUAGUGGGGAGGACAAGCCUUUAUUUAUCACAACAUGGGGAGUUGAGUUCUGGAAAUGUUAUUCAGCUGGAAUGGAUGUUCUUGAGGCUAGUGGAUCAUCCUCUGAUGUAGAGCAAAUUGCAUGGAUAGCUUCUACAGCUGCUGAUGCUAUUGCUAGAAGAGAGAAAGAAGGCCUAUUAUUCACCAGCCCCUUUCUCUUAUUCCUUGCACCAUCAAAAGAAAAGGCUGUGAAGGUACGCUCAAUUUGCAAGCCUUUGAAGGGUCUUGGAAUACAUACAGUGAGUUUACAUCAUGGUGCCUCCUUAGAUCGCCAGAUUAAUGGUUUAAAGAGUUGUGAGCCUGAGUUUCUCAUUUCCACCCCUGAGAGACUUUUAGAGCUACUUUCCCUAAAGGCUAUUGAUAUAUCUGGAGUCUCCUUGCUGGUCAUUGAUGGAAUUGAGUCUCUUCUUGCAUCUGGUUAUCUUGAUGCUAUAAAAUCCAUUAGACAGGGUAUUUCAGGAAAGCCACAUACAGUUGUUUUCAAUGAUUGCUUCAAAUAUGCCACUAUUCCUGCUGUAAGAAAUCUUCUGAUUGGAUCAGUCUAUAGAUUAUCUCUCAAUGAUUCUAUCGCCAGUCAAAGUGCAUGCAUCAUCCAGUCUAUAGACGUGUGUGCCUCAAAGGAAGAGAAGACAGUAAAGGGUAUCUCUGCUCUAAAUAAUGUCUACAGUAAUCAACCAUUGCCUCAACCUUUGAAGGUGCUAUAUGUUGUUCAAAAGGAUAGCAACAUUCAGGAAUUGGUAGUGGCCCUCAAGUUGAACGGAUAUUCUGUUUCAAGCAGCUCUUGCUUUGGUGUUGCUGAAGUCAAGGAUAGUCUGGAUUCCAAGAGCAAUAUGGGACCUUCAGUUUCCCUGCUUGAUUCAGAGCAAAUCAAUACUGCUGAGUUAGGAGAAUACGGGGUUGUAAUGAUUCCAGAUUUUGUUCUCUCAAUUGACAAUUAUGUUCAUAUUCUCACAAGGAUGGCACGCAACACUGUUGACGGCAUAUUGCAUUGCUUUUUGACUAAAGAUGACGCACCAUAUGCCCGUCCAUUGGUUGAAAUCCUUGAACAAUGUGGGCAGGAGGUGCCUGAGGCCCUAAGAAACUUGUGUCUUGCCUAAUCCGUGUUGGAAGGAUCAUGACGGGAUAACUCAUUCUCAUUCCAAGUCCUCAGAUCUCAUUGCUGGAAAAUGCUAUGAUCUUGACAACUGAUCCUCAGCUUUUGCAACAGCUGGAAUGAUGGUAUGCAUUUGUAAAUGAAUACGCAUGAUGAUUUUGAUAGGAGAAAAUUUUUGGGUGACUCACAUUUACCAGAAGUGGAAAUUUUUUAAGUUGCCCUUUUUUAUUUUUUAUUUGGGAUGUCAUUUUGCAAUUUGCCCAAUGUCCUCCUGUUUUGACUAUUUCCAGUAUUCUUUUUAUGAGAAAUCUAAUAACUGUUAGCAUUGCAA